UCUCUUCUUGAUUUCGAAAUUUUUGGAGAUCGCCAUAGCCAACAUCAACUCGACAUCUCAGGAACAAGAUGGAGCUAACCCUAGGCUGAAAUUAAAAGGAACAUCACGAAAGGUUAUGUGCAAUCAAACUAUUUUAAAUCAAAAAAGAUUUUUGUUGGUGGAAUCCCACUUACUGUGACUGAUGAUAAUUCCAGAUUUUCUUCUCAAAGUAUGGAAAGUUGCUGGACCAUUUGAUCAUCAUACUAAUCAAUCUCGAGGAUUUGGAUUUGUAGUUUUCAAUUCUGAACAAGCCGUAGGUGACCUUUUGAGAAAGGGCAACAUGAUUCAUAUGUCUGGCUCUCAGGAUGAAAUUAAAAGGAACAUCCCAAAAGGUUCUGUGCAAUCAGACUAUUUCAAAACAAAGAAGAUUUUUUGUUUGUGGAAUUCCACGUAUAUGACUGAUGAUGAGUACCAGAGUUUCUUCUCAAAGCAUGGGAAGGUGCUGGACCAUGCGAUUAUUCGUGAUCCUUCUACUAGUCAAUCUCGAGACUUUGGAUUUAUAGGUUUUGACUCCAUACAAAUCGUAGAUGACCUUUUGGCAAAGGGCAACAUGAUUGAUAUGGCUGGCUCACAGGUUGAAAUUAAAAAGGAAAGGCUCCAUGAAAUCAAAGGAUUUCAAAACAAAGAAGAUUUUUGCUGUGGAAUCCCACUUACUAUGACUGAGGUUGAGUUCAAGAGCUUCUUCUCAAAAUAUGGAUAGGUGAUGGACCAUAGGAUUAUCCAUGAUCAUACGACUAAGCAGUCUUGAGGCUUUGGAUUUAUACUUUUCGACACUGAACAAGCCAUAGAUGACCUUUUGGCAGACGACAAUAUUAUUGAUCUGGCUGGUUCUCAGCUCUUCUUUUGGUGCAUUUAAUUUGGGGGCCGUCACCUUUUUAUUUUUUCAAAAUUGCGGCUGACAAUUGUGCUGACAACGCAUUCGAUUUGAGCUACCGAUUUGAGCCCAGGAAGCAACAUCAGCUGAAGUUUAACACAUCGAGUUCUAGAAGCAAGGCUAUUUUGGAACUGGUUCAUUCUGAUGUAUGGUAAAUACCGGUUACAUCCACGGGAGGAGCAAAGUAUUUUGUGUCAUUUAUUGAUGAUUAUUCUAGGAGAUGUUGAAUGUACCAUAUCAAGAAGAAGGUAAAUGUGUUAUCAGUCUUUAAAGUUUACAAAGCGCGAGUCGAGAUUAAAUCUAAAAAGAAGAUCAAGUGCUUGAGGUCAGAUAAUGUAGGAUAAUACACAGACGGUAAACUUAUUGCAUUCUGCAAUUAAGAAGACAUCAAAAGACAAUUCAGUACUACAUACACUCCUCAAUAAAAUAGAAUAGCUGAGCGAAUGAAUAGAACUCUAUUAGAAAGAACAAGAGCAAUGUUGACAACUGCAUAUAUAGAUAAAGUCUUUUGGGCGAAAGUAGUAAAAACCGCAUGUUAUGCGGUGAAUCGAUCUCCAUCAAUCAUAAUAUGGUUAAAGACGUUGAUGGAGAUGUUGAUCGGCAAGCUAGCUGAUUAUUCCAACCUCUAUAUAUUUGAAAGUCCAGUCUACGUAAUGUACAAUGCCUAAGAAAUUACAUAGCUGGAUUUAAAAUUCAGAAAAUACAUAUUCUUAGGGUAUGCUGACAGAGUAAAGGGGUAUCGCUUGUGAGAUCCCACUAUCCGCAAGGUUAUUGUCAGCAUAGAUGUUAUCUUCGUAGAGAAUCAGCUACAAAGUGAAGAGAAAGAAAGUUGUUCGAGGAAGAACUCAGAGACUAUAGCUGUUCAAGUAGAAAAUAAUCCAAAUUCUUCUGAAGCAAUACCGGUGCAUGAUGUACAAGAGACAAUUGGGUCCGAGGCUCCAGAGGUUCGAAGGUCAACUUGUGAGAGAAGACUACCGACUUGGCACUAGGAGUAUAUUACGGAGAGUAAUGUUGCAUACUGUUUUCUAAUAGAGAAUGGAGAGCCAUCAACUUUCCAUAAAGCUAUAAACAGCACAGAUACGUGUUUGUGGAUGACAACAAUGCAGGAAGAAAUUGAAGCUUUCCAUAAGAAUAAGACUUGGGUAUUUGUGUCACUACCAUAAGGAAGAAAGACCAUUGGAAAUAAAUGGGUCUUAAGAUCAAGCGAAAUGGCGACGAUCAAGUGGAGCAAUAUCGUGCUAGAACGAUGGUAAAAGGAUAUGCUCAAAAAGAAGGUAUUGACUUUAAUAAAAUAUUUUCUCCUGUAGUUCGACUUGCAACAGUUCGAGUAGUUCUUGCUAUGAG